AUGGUCAGGAAAUGCGACGUAAGCGUCGGCAGUUGUGUUUGGCUGCCUGCCGAUGCUGGUGAAAGAGAUCCUGCUGCGUACAAAGCCUCCGGGCUCUCCGAAGACCUUCUUGACCAUCCAGUCCUUGUCGUUGGAAGCCCUGACGGUCCCGCUGAGUACGUCUGGAUACUGAUUAUGACGUCCUCGCAUCCCGAGCCAACCAAGUUGCUACCAAUACGUCGUUGGAUCCUGAACAAGGAGACUGGACAAGACGAAGUUGACAUCUGUCCCUCCUGCAAGAGGAAUGGCAGACAAGACCAAGCACUUGCCUACUCAAAUGUGCAGAAGUCAAUUGACGGGAGCCACGAUACGAAAGGAAAAUUCAGCCAUGUCUGUACCGAUAGGGUCUUUGAAGUUUCACCACAGAUGCUACGGUACGAUUCCAAGGCGAUAGAAGAAUGUUAUUGGGACACGUUCAAAAUGCCCUACCGCCUCGAUGCGCCAUCGAUCCACGCAGUUCAGAGCAAAACGUUAGCUCUGCGCCAGGCCUUGAUCAAGAACAGUCGUGGGAUUGUUCCUUGCUCUAAUCCUCGAGGAGGGAAGCUCCACUAUGGCCCGGACCAUGACUGCACCGUCCCUCCAAUUGGUCUCAUCACAAUCGGGCAAGUCUUGAAGGUAUACGGCGCCAAUGCUGAUACUGCCAGCCCCAAGCCGCAAAUCUUCUUCUGCUUGGUCACUUCCAUCAGUGGGGACUACAAGCAGGCCAUGAUCUUCAACGUGAUCGACUGUGAUAUUGAUGGGGCCAACGCUACUGUGGAUGACGGGACGAGGCGGCACUAUUGCUUGUCCACUGGUGACCUCCAAGGCCACACCGAAUUGUUGUCACAGGAGAGAGCCGAGGAUUCCGGUCGUUCUAAGAGAACCAUACUGAUCGACCUGGAAGCACGCUCGGAGGUCAAUGUUUCCGCGCUCAAACCAUUGGACUACAUUGAGCCAGACCACGGUCCUGCAUCACUACAUCGAUCGUGUUACCUCAGCUGCGAGGCUCAGCAGCGACUGAAAUUAGUCUUUGGCUCUCACUUGACAGACUUCGGAAGGCCGAGGCGCUUCAGCGGAGCGCCCAUCGCCGGCGUCAAGUUCUCAUCCGAGGCGUAUCGUCCAGAAUCCCCAUCAACAACCGACAAAGCUAGCAUAUCUUCUUCAGAGACGUCAACGUCGAGCACCAACACCGCUGUAUCGUCCGGUACAGGACCCGGAUCCAGCUUGCAAUCCUCCAUCGUGAAAGCAGCUGUCAUGGCGCCGCCGAUCUCUGCGACUAAGACAAUCAAUGGUCAUAUUCAAUGCGGCCAGGUGCUUCGUGGUCGAAUUGGACCAGCGGUCCCAAGAAAGCCGCAAUCCACACGCGAUCAGCAGAUCGAAGCCCACGUCGUCGUGGUCAAGAUCAACAACGAUGGUCAACACGCAGUGGUAUGCCGACUGGGUAGCCUGAAGCCAGCCAACGCGGCUGCCGAGAAGAGCAGUGAUGAACUUCACAAACGUAUCAGCGGCCGGGACCCACCAUCGUUCAUUCCCCUUCUUGGAGCUCACAAUCCCGUUGAAUACUACACUACUGUGUUCCGACUCGAAGAAGGCGCAAACAUAACGCUCGUUCCCAACUUGUUCGUGCAAGUCAGCGCGUUCCACGUUGCGAAGGUCAACGGCCGCAGCCGGCGUGAGACAGUGGCAGAAGUAGCGCAGAGUAUCCUCGGAGCUGCGUACAAGCAGGCGACCAAGCUGCUGAAGUAUGGCUCAAAGGGAGAAGAAUUGGCAAUGGGCCGACCCCAUACUGGCGGGCAUGAUGUUUGUGUAUCGUGA